CGAGGCGGAGGGAGGCGGCGGCGAUGGUGAGGCGGAGGGAGGCGGCUGCGAGGGCAACGCGCACGGCGGCGGCGGCGACGGCGAUGCCGACGGAGGCGGCGGCCACGGCGACGCGGACGGCGGCGGCGCCGACGGCGAUGCCGAGGGAGGCGGCGGCGAUGGCGAGGUGGAGGGAGGCGGUGGCGAGGGCGAGGCGGACGGAGGUGGCGGCGACGGCGAUGCUGAGGGAGGCGGCGGCGACGGCGAGGCGGAGGGAGGCGGCGCCGACGGCGAUGCCGAGGGAGGCGGCGGCGAGGGCGACACGGACGGAGGCGGCGGCGAGGGCGAGGUGGAGGGAGGCGGUGGCGAGGGCGAGGCGGACGGAGGUGGCGGCGACGGCGAUGCUGAGGGCGGCGGUGGCGACGGCGAUGCCGAGGGAGGCGGCGGCGACGGCGAGGCGGACGGAGGCGGCGGCGAGGGCGAGGCGGACGGAGGCGGUGGCGAGGGCGAGGCGGACGGCGGUGGCGGCGACGGCGAUGCCGAGGGAGGCGGUGGCGACGGCGAGGCGGACGGAGGCGGCGGCGACGGCGAGGCGGAGGGAGGGGGCGGUGACGGUGAGGUGGACGGCGGUGGCGGCGAUGGUGAGGCGGACGGAGGCGGUGGUGACGGUGAGGUGGACGGCGGCGGCGGAGACGGUGAGGCGGAGGGAGGCGGCGGCGAGGGCGACGCGGAGGGAGGCGGCGGCGACGGCGAUGUCGAGGGAGGCGGCGGCGAGGGCGACACGGACGGAGGCGGCGGCGAUGGCAAGGUGGAGGGAGGCGGUGGCGAGGGCGAGGCGGACGGCGGUGGCGGCGACGGCGAUGCUGAGGGCGGCGGGGGCGACGGCGAUGCCGAGGGAGGCGGCGGCGACGGCGAGGCGGACGGAGGCGGCGGCCAGGGCGAGGCGGAGGGAGGCGGUGGCGAGGGCGAGGCGGAGGGAGGCGGCGGCGAGGGCGAGGCGGAGGGCGGCGGCGGCGACGGCGAUGCUGAGGGAGGCGGCGGCGACGGCGAGGCGGACGGAGGCGGCGGCGAGGGCGAGGCGGACGGAGGCGGUGGUGACGGUGAGGUGGACGGCGGCGGCGGCGACGGCGAUGCCGAGGGAGGCGGCGGCGAGGGCGACACGGACGGAGGCGGCGGCGAUGGCGAGGUGGAGGGAGGCGGUGGCGAGGGCGAGGCGGACGGAAGUGGCGGCGACGGCGAUGCUGAGGGCGGCGGGGGCGACGGCGAUGCCGAGGGAGGCGGCGGCGACGGCGAGGUGGAGGGAGGCGGUGGCGAGGGCGAGGCGGACGGCGGUGGCGGCGAUGGUGGUGGCGGCGAUGGUGGUG